CUGGCACCCAGCCAUGAAGCUCCUUUUUCCUAUCUUUGCCGGCCUCAUGCUACAGCACCAGGUGAACACAGAGUACUUUGGCUUGAGAAGAUGUUUAAUGGGUUUUGGGAGAUGCAAAGACCACUGUGCCGCAGGUGAAAAAGAGAUACAGACGUGCAAGAAGAAAAAAUGUUGCGCUGGACCAAAAGUGGUUCAAAUGAUCAAAAACUACAUGCAAAAUGAAAUGUCCCACACACUUGAAGCGAACUCCCAAGAACACCUACAAGCUACGAAGAAUCCUGAUGCUGUGAUACAAACAAAAUAUCCUAUCUUACCUCUUCUCCCCGCAACCAAAAGCGUCAGCCCUUUUGCCAGCGUCAACACCCUCCUCAUCCCAAACGCCACCACUGUAGACUCUGCCACCACCAGCCCUACGAUCUCAUGGAAGUUCACAGACACUGCCACUUCUGCCAAGAGUGACACCACAGAAAGCAGUGAUGUGGCCAGUGACUCCUCACCACCAACACCACCGCCUUAGACACUGUCAACCCCAGGACCGGAGCUGGAGGAAGUAGAUGAGCAGAUGAGUCUUUCCCUUAAAACACCAAGUUCCGGGGCGCCUGGGUGGCUCAGUUUUAGGUUAAUCAUCCGACUUCGGCUCAGGGCAUGAGCUCACGGUU